AAACAACACCAAUAACAUUCCGCUUCUCAGGUGUAUUUUCGUUUUCUUAUUUGAAUGUCAAUGUGAAAAACUGUGAGCAACUACUAGACACUGCUGUAUCUAAUUGCAGUAAAUAAACAUGGAAGAAGAUGACAAAGACCUCGAUGCUCUGGCCCUCGAUAUUACGACCGACGAAAUUGAAGUCACUAAAGAGGACACAUCUGGAACAUGGGAACAUGAAGAUCUAGCUCAGGUGAAAAUCAAAGUGAUGCGUGGUCACAAAGAUAGUGUUACAGGAUGUCAGUUCUGUUGUGACGACACUAAGGUUUUGACAUGCUCCAAUGAUAAAACAUGCAUACUCUGGGAUAUAGAAAGUGGUAAACCUGUACAAACAUAUGAAGGACAUGCUAGAUUUGUUACAUCUUGUAGUAUGAAACACGAUAAUACAAAAUUUGUGUCAUCAUCAUGGGAUAAAACUGUGACAAUGUGGGAUGUGGAAACUGCCAAGAUAUUGUGGCAAGGACACCAUGAUGGUAUUGUUACCUGUUGUAAGUUUUCAAAUAAUGGUAAAUAUGUGGUAUCUGGAUCGGAUUUGGACUACGCAUUGAAUGUCUGGAAUGCUAAAGAUGGCUCUCUUAUUCAUCAUAGAACAAAUCACCACAAGAGUACAAUUGCUAGUUGUUCAUUUUCACCAAAUGAUGAACGAGUAUGUACUACAUCUAUGGAUAAAACAACAAAAAUUUGGGAUACAAUAAGUCAUAAUGUCACUGUUACUCUCAGGAGUCACAUUAACGUGAUAUCAACAUGCUGUUUUAGUAAAGAUGAGAGACGUCUUUGUACCGGAUCCUGGGAUAAACAAUUACAAAUGUGGGAUAUAUCAACUGGCAUGUUCAGAUCUGAAGGACCAGUUACCUUAAACAAAGGACAUGAAGGAUCAAUUAGUUCAUGUCAGUUCAGUCAAGAUGGUGAGUUCUCUUUAUUAUGA